UUACGUUAGAGUCAACCAGUGGGAUGGAGCAAGUGCACUGGGACCUGAUUAUUGACUUCACUCUCCACACCGGUUAGUUUCUCACUGCUGAGCUGGUCCGGACGUAGAAGCAGUUUUUUUGCCUUCCUGUUUUUUUCUUUUGUUCAAAGAUAUCCUGGAAGCAUAGAAAAGUUUCUGGAUUAGAGCAGAAUUAACACAAAGCGGCGACGCCACUCCAGCGACACUCGGCGAGACAACGCAGAAGAGGCGAGAGGGGGGACCGAGACAGAGGGAGCAACACGACGGGGUGAAGACACUAGAGCGAACCUCAACUACCUCUGAAAACUGUGACAGCGAGAGGGCAUCCCGGAGAGAGAGAGAGAGAGAGAGGGAGAGAGAGAGAGACCGCAGCAGAGAGGCAGGGGUCUUUGCACACUUGGUCCUGAAGGAUGGAGGAGAAGCAGUUAGCUGGGAUCCGGAACGGAGCAGUUCCUGGCGAGCCAGGGAAGAAGGAUGAAAACCUCCGGAGAGGCAACUGGGGCAACCAGAUUGAGUUUGUCCUCACCAGCGUGGGCUAUGCUGUGGGCCUGGGCAACGUCUGGAGGUUUCCAUAUCUCUGCUACAGAAAUGGAGGCGGUGCCUUCAUGCUGCCGUACUUCAUCAUGCUGGUGUUCUGCGGCAUUCCUCUCUUCUUCCUCGAGCUGUCCUUCGGUCAGUUCGCCAGCCAGGGAUGUCUGGGAGUCUGGAAGAUCAGCCCCAUGUUCAAAGGUGUCGGUUACGGCAUGAUGGUGGUGUCCACAUACAUCGGAAUCUAUUACAACGUGGUCAUCUGCAUUGCAUUUUACUACUUUUUCAUGUCUAUGACCAACCUGCUGCCAUGGACCUACUGCAACAACCCCUGGAACACGCCGGACUGCAGCGGGGUGCUAGGCAAUGGGCUCCCGCUCAACAGCAGCCUGGUCAAUGCCACCACCAGCCUGGUGGCGGGGGUGACCGAGGUGGUCAACCGCACCAAGAGGACAAGCCCCAGUGAGGAGUACUGGAAACACUAUGUGUUGGACAUCUCUGAUGGUAUUGGAACCUUUGGAGAGGUCCGUCUCCCCAUCCUGGGCUGUCUGGCUGUGUCCUGGUUUGUCGUCUUUCUGUGUCUCAUCAAGGGUGUUAAAUCCUCUGGAAAGGUGGUUUACUUCACAGCCACAUUCCCCUAUUUGGUUUUGACCAUCCUGUUCAUCCGUGGCAUCACCCUGGAUGGAGCCAUCAACGGCAUCAAGUACUACCUGACUCCGCAGUGGCACAAGGUUCUUGACGCAAAGGUGUGGGGAGAUGCUGCCUCACAGAUCUUCUACUCUCUGGGCUGUGCCUGGGGUGGGCUCAUUACCAUGGCUUCAUACAACAAGUUCCACAACAACUGCUUCAGAGACAGCAUCAUCAUCAGCAUAACCAACUGUGCCACCAGUGUGUACGCCGGCUUUGUCAUUUUCUCCAUCCUGGGCUUCAUGGCGCACCACCUGAACGUGCCCGUGUCCGAGGUGGCUGACCAUGGCCCAGGCCUGGCCUUUGUGGCCUACCCAGAAGCCCUCACUCUGCUCCCCAUCUCACCGCUCUGGUCGCUGCUCUUCUUCUUCAUGCUCAUCCUCCUGGGACUGGGGACUCAGUUCUGUUUGCUGGAGACCCUGGUGACGGCCAUCGUCGAUGAGAUCGGCACUGACUGGAUCAUGAGGAACAAGACUGUGGUCACGCUGUCAGUGGCCAUAGUUGGAUUCUUACUGGGAGUGCCACUAACGACACAGGCAGGAAUCUACUGGCUGCUACUGAUGGAUAACUACGCUGCCAGUUUCUCUCUGGUCAUCAUCUCCUGCAUCAUGUGCAUCUGUGUCAUGUAUAUUUAUGGUCACAGGAACUAUUUCAGAGAUGUUGAAAUGAUGCUGGGUUUCCCUCCUCCUCUCUUCUUCAGGGUCUGCUGGAGAUUCGUCUCCCCCCUGAUCAUCUCUUUCAUCCUGAUCUUCACAGUGAUUCAGUACAAACCCAUCACCUACAACAACUACGAGUACCCCGGCUGGUCCCUGGCUAUUGGCUUCUGCAUGGCUAUGUCCUCGGUGAUCUGCAUUCCCGUCUACGCCCUCUACAAGAUCUCCAGGUCCCCAGGAGCCACCUUCAGAGAGCGGUUGAAGUUCGCGUGCCGAUGUGAUCCAUCUUGGGGCCCCGCCCUGCAGAAGCACCGGACAGGCCACUACGCUCCCAUGGCCUCUGAAGACGCCGUGGAUUCCUGUCCCCUCAAGGAGAAGGAAGAGCUGAAGGAGGAGCAGAAAGAGGAGUUGAAGGAGAAGGAGGAGGAGACGGAGAGGAGAGAUGACAUCAGUCUCACCAUUCAGGGGAGCAACGGCUCCACCAACACACAGAACAACCCGAACCCCAGUGUAUAGACGGCCUUCUCCCCCCCUUCUCCCCCCUCCCCCGACUCUGUCGGCGCCCCAUCCAUCUCCUCCUUCUCUUCCUCCAUUUGUCCUUCCUUCUCCUCCAACCUCACCCCACUUUCCCACAGUCCUCUGUGGGGGAGAUCCGAUUCGCUGGAGACCUUUACAUAUUGUAAAGGCUUAUUAUUUCAAUCCUAACCUCUUCUCUAUCUGUGUGUCGUCUCGAGAUAAGCGAAGAACAAAAAAAUGAAAGGAAGAAAAAAUUGGGUCAUCAUCCAAAAGAUUAGUGUUUGUGUAAGUGUGAGUUUAGGGUGUGUGUGCGUGCGUCGUUUGUUUGUGUGUUAAUUUGUCCGACAAAAAUUGAUAAUGCAGUUUGUUUCUCCUUUCUCCCUUGUAUAUGUCACCUGCAUAUGCAAUUGGAGUUACAGUAGAUUGUGACGCUGCAUGUGAUUGUCGUGUGCAUGCAGCAACAUAGAGACACACACAGUUCUCCUUUAUUCAGUUAGUCAGGUCUGUUUUUCGGGGAUCGUGACGUUCGAGCGGCGGGGAUUUGGCGGCUUGAGACCUUGUCGUGGUGCUGUAACGUAGAGAAGGAGAGUGAACUGUGCCUGCACUGGCCAUUUAUAGUGUGAUGAUGCUGAGGGAUGGAAGCAGUCUCAACUUCAUGACCAGCAAAGAGACGGAAACACUCGUUCACACACUCUCACACUAUUGUACAUUUUACAGCACACAGUGACCUCAGCCAUAGUUGAACUCUGCUUGAGACUAAGCCUCUUUUUUUUUUAUGCUGCUCCUUCUUAGCGACUGACACUUAGGGCUGUUAGUCCGUGAAAAUUUCCUCCAUUUUUAACUUUAUCUUUUUACUAAAGCUGCUUAAAGGUUGAGAACUCAGAGAAACGUCAGUGAACUUCAACUGUAUUGUGACUCACAACACACACAGACAUACACACACACACACAGACACACACAAACGUACACGGAGCAUAUUUGUUCCAAGUUUUUUGUCAGAAGGGAUCCCAUGGCCAUUUCUCAGGGUCCACGCGAAGUUAAACUUAAUGGUUUGUAGUCGCUCCUCACCUUUGGAAACCAUGUCUCCACUAAGGUGGCCUUUUAAGAAACACCUCGCUGUCUGAAAAUCCCAACACACACAUACACAAAAUAGAUGGAUGCAACUCUAAAUCGAGAAGUGCCAUCUCAUCUUGAAGUCUUCCAGGCAUUCCUUUUUUGGAUGAAAUGCAUCUUGGGAUGUGGCCUGUGACGGAGGAACUCGGGCUGGACGAGGUAGCCGGUGAGAGGAAUCCUAGGUGUGUUGGAGUGUGUGUCUCCCGUGGGUCGUAGCAAUCUGCCCCCAUUCAGGCAUGUUACCAAAAACAUUACCUACAUGUUACCUGAGUCCAUUCACAUGUUUUUGGUAACAUAUGUUCCCAGAGACUGAUCUGGUGUCAGCCUCUUACCGUCAGUGGAACCUUUAAUGUAUUUUACGGACACUUGUUUUUAAACGCUCUGAGCCAAGCUGUGCUGCGACUAAUGGAGGAGGCAGUGAGACGCAGCUGGUUUCCAGAAGAACGUAGAAUAAAGAUCAUCGCUGAAAUUAUUGUAGUUUAAAAUCUAGCUCAUGUAGUAUCGUUCUCUCGGUAGACUUCUCCUUUUUACCUCUCGUUAUUGUAAAGUAACUUAGUAAAUAAUUAUAAAGACAGCAUAUGUUUAUUUUGUACAAAAAAAGAAAGAAACAACAGAAUCAUAAUUAACCAUGUUUACCAUUCCUCAUCUGUGAAUUGAUUUGUCGUGGUGUUUGUUGGGGAGGGAGGGGGUGAUUGGAUGAAAGUUAUAGUGGUGGGAUGACCGAGGUUUAUGUUGGUAUCAGGUGGAGUAAAUAUAUCUUUCUCAUCUGGACAGCUUGUUGGUGAUAUGCAUCUGGUGCCACAUGUUUCAUCCUCAUUUUACCUGUUGAACACCUGCUCAGGUGGUAGUGAGGGGCAGUUCGCUUGACAAGGGGGGAUUGGGGUUCUUGGGAAUGCAUCAGUACUAAAUAUGCAGCAUAUUUAUAUGUAGGGAGACUUGAAGGAAGAGUUUUCGAACAGUCUACGCUUGUUUGCCAUCUUCCUGAGAGCAAUAUGAGGAGAUCGAUACCACUCGCAUAGCUGGAGCCAAAAGCCGGUUAGCUUAGCGUAGCAUGAAGACUGGAAACGGGCAAAGCACCUCUAACACAUGCACAUGAUAUGUCUUGGUUGUGUUCAAAAUCCACGACCCCCCACUGACACCUCUAUGAAGAGGACUAUACACUACUCUGCACAUUUUCUCUUUGCUUGUACUCAUAUCAAUAUCACAGGCUUAUGACGUGCAUCAAAAACAAUAAUAUGGCAAAUUGAAAAUUCCUUUAAUACAUGUUAAAAGUUUAUUUUACAGUUAAUGGGAGUGCAAUGCAUUAUGGUAUAUCAAUUGUACAAUCAGUGCAUUAUAUAGGUUUUAAAUCAUUAUAAAUAUAAACUACACAUUGGCAAACUCACUAUACAGUGGACUAUGUAGUAAAUAGUGAGUGAUGGCCUCAGUUCAUGUUUUUUUUAAAUCGCACGAAAAGAAAAUACAGCUGGUUGCCAGGCAACUGGUCCCAGCAAAGGCGUAGUCAAGCACAAAACGUCCAUAAAAGGGACAAUUGUCUCAGAGUAUUAGAGAAAAAACCUGUGCAGAGGAAGACGUUGAUGUUAAGCACAUAAACACAAAGCCUGACGAACACAGUGGGCAUUCUGAAAACAAGCACAAACCUCUACCAGGUUUUCAUCAGGCCUUUGUUCAGGAAGGUUUCUCAGAUUGUGUCUAAUCCAGUAGAUGGAGAAUCGUAGCCUUGGUCUGUAUAGUUCGUCAUCGGUUUUAACUGUCAGGUUCUGACUCAUCCAAUAAGUAUUCACACCACACUUGACGUGUGUUGAAAUAGUGUUUAUUUUGUAUUAGAAAUACAGUGAAACCAGGUGCUCUAUUAAAGGUCAGGUUGGUAAAUUGUUUCUGAAACUUUUGAUCAUAUUUGUUGAAAUCCCCUCCAUGUCCCGAUCGCCGGUGUCUGCAGCCCUUGCAGGACUGUGAUAAACACGACUAAAGGAAAUCCUUGACUGGCGUACUGGCCUGUCACUAUAGAGUAGUACUGUACCUGCCUGUGUGUACCCAUCACAAACCAGAGCGGCUAGAGAGAAACGUACACUGCUAAACCAGUGACGAUGGUUAGCGAGGUCCAGCGAGUAAGUGUACAUUCCUGUGCUUUGGGGGUGUAGCAUUGACAAGAGCGCUGAUGGAAGGGGGUGGGUUGCAUAUAGCUUUUCCAGGAUUACCAACCCUAUCUUUAAGACAAUAAUACCAACGUCAGCUAAUCUAAAUACAUUGGGUUGCUUCUUCUGAAGACGGCAUCAGAAAUUCAAAGUUGGCUCUUGGAAGCUGGAAAAAGGUGAACAUGAACUCCUCAUCCUGCUGGGACAGCCUGUAGUUCAGUCCGUUUCCUGUUUGUGCCUGUUUCGUGUGGUCAUGCUGUAGUAAGUGAGGCUAGGCAGCCGUGUUAACCAUCUCAAUAUAUCCCGACCCUCUCCAUCUCUGCUGGCCCCCACAUCUCUCCCUCCCUUUGUACAGUAAUGUAAAAACAACAUAUAAUUGGACUGUGUGUUCGUGUGCGUGUCUUACCUUUACUUUUGUUAUGGGGGAUGGAUAUGUGUUUUUCUGGGGGCGGGUGGGCACUGUUUCAUUUUUUUCCGUUUUUGAUUUGUCAUUUUUCUCGUAGCGUGACGUAGACGAAGUCAGGUGUAUUGUGAAAUCUGUGUGUAGUGGAUUAGCUCUUACUGCUGAGCCUGCGCGUAGAGCAGGCGUGUAGUGUCACUAUUGAUGUUGGUGUACCUCUAAUCUAUCAGAACUAGCCAUGUCCUACUCUGCUAAUAAUCUACAGUCUUAUCUUUAAAGAGAGAAAAACAUUUUUGUACUAAAAGAAGAGAAAGAAACUACAUGUUUUAUCUUUGGAUUUUAAUCAUUGUUUACCCAUAUUUGAUGACACUACUUUUUUGUUUUGUUUUUGAAGUUGUAUUCGUAGAAGAAAAAAUUCAAAUGAAGCCAGCUGAUACUCAAAGCAUUGCCAAACAAAAAGCUUUGGAUCGAAACUUGAACUACAGAAGAAUGGUUGUUUUUACUGUGAGCUCUGGUGUAGACGGCGGCUGCAGCUACAUAACGAUGCUUCUAUUCUUUUUUUUUUCAACAACACUGUUACAUGUACUCAAAUGAAUUAUUUUACACAGUGCAGUGCCACCAGUCGCACAUUGCUGCUUACCUUUACAUAGCCUGUGGCCCUUAAAAUGAACAGUUUGGCUUUUAUUUCUGUGUAGUUGUUAGAAAAUGUUGGAAAAUGCGCAAAAUCAAAACACCAAAAUUACUCUGCAACCAAGACUGAAUCAGUAUCAGGACCCAUGAAGUCACGUUGUCACUCUUGUACAGCUCUGAUGCAUAAUACCAGAGCUUGAUAUUGUUUUAUGUAGACAUUUUAACAAGUUAUGUGUAUCAGACGAGGGUCGUGUUGCUAUUUUAAAUUGAUCUAUUGGGAAAGUGAACCACUGAUUAUAGUGUCAAGCUACCAAAACAAUAAUACCGGACUCAUUUGGCCCCUUAAAAGAAAAGACUACACACCUGAAGAUGUUAAAAUUUGAUCCAUUCGCUCACUAUCACCGAACAACAUAACCCAACAUGAAAGUCUGCACCACCUUUGCACACCUUCUCCACUGCACUAAAAAAGUUUACCUUGUUUCUAUUACAGAAUGUUACCUCUUGAAGUUCUUACCACUGCUCAUAUAAUAAUAAUCUCAGCACUUUAAGGAAGUAUUUUCUUUUUUUAAGCAACAAGAAAAGAAACGUAUAAUUACAACAAUUAUUCACAUUUUCAUUCUGUUGAAAAAAGCAGGUAUAUGAUACAUGUCUUCUUUCAGUGGUGUGGGUGAAAGAACCAGGUAAAAGUGUCAGUGGACGGACAUGCUGUGUUGUUGCUAUGCCAAUGUAAUUUUUUCUGGGAGGAGAGGAGAAAGAAAAGCACAAGUGAGAAAAAGAGAACACAACUCUUCUGGUACCUUCUAUCAUAUCUAUCUGUCUAUCUAUCUAACCACGUCUGUUCUUCCUGUUCUUCAACCUUUAGGGCCAAAAUCCAUUGAAAAUGUCUUAGUCCUGUCAGCUGUAUAUCGUAAAACUGUUGAAUUACAAAAUGGUAAAUAAAAUCUAUUUUAAAGAUCA